AUGACGGCAGAAAUUUGGGACGUUAUUAUUGUUGGCGCGGGACUAUCUGGACUGAGCGCAGCUCAUUUGCUCAGAAAAAGGAAUGCCAAGUUGAAAAUACUGAUACUGGAAGGAAAAGAUCGGGUGGGAGGUCGCACAGUGUCCACUGAAAUACCAGCAGCCAAUGGCGUCGAUCGCUGGGACUUUGGGGGGCAGUGGGUAGGAAGCACCCAAACACACAUCUUGGAGCUCAUAAAGGAGCUGGGCUUAGAGACGUUCCCGCAAUUCAAUAUUGGCAAGAAGGUUCACCACAUGGGAGGACCAGGUGGCAAGGUUCGCACCUACAGAACCAGUAUUCCUGCUCUAUCCCCAGUGGUGCUGACAGACCUCACCCAGCUCCUGUGGAAGAUUGACAGACUGUGUGCCACGGUGUGCAUCCAGGAUCCUUGGAGGACUCCCAACGCUGUUGAACUGGACAGCAUGACGCUGCACUCAUACAUUACGCAACAUGCUUGGACUGCAGAUCUAAAAGAGGAGAUGGGUCUGUGUAGCAGAUCCGUCUUUGGCGUGGAGCCAUCGCAGAUGUCCUUCCUAUUCUUCCUCAUGUAUGCUGCAGCAGCUGGAGGGGUACUGCGACUGCUGGAAAGCACUCCAGGUUCUGCGCAAGAGCUCAAGAUAAAGGGAGGCACCCAACAACUUUCACAGUGUCUGGCAGAACGUGUUGGGUGGAAGAAUGUCCGGCUGGGUUCUGCCGUGGCGGCCAUAUGGCAGGAUGCUGAGUGGGCCCGGGUGGCGACCACCACCGACAGCUUCCUGUGCAGGGCUGUGAUUGUCACCUGCCCCCCUCAUUUGGCCGCAAAGAUCCACUACCAGCCAGCCCUGCCCAGCCAGAGAGAAUUCCUCACCCAGAACAUGCCUGUGGGCCACAUGAUAAAAUUCAUAAUUACCUACCAGACGGCUUUUUGGAAGGAGAAGGGCUUCUCUGGGGAAAUUGUGGCAGGAUCCUCAACUGGGUGUCCAUUCUGUGUUACCUUUGAUGCCUCCAGCCCCAGUGGUAAUGCGGCCUUGGUAGGCUUCAUUGCCGGCCAGCAGGCUUCUCAAUGGAGCUCCGAAGAGGGUGGGGAGAGAAGAAAAGCAGUGCUUUCCAGUCUGGUCAAAUACCUAGGUCUUGAGGCUGCAUCUUUCAUCCACUAUGAAGAAAAAGACUGGGCUAAGGAGGACUACAGUGGGGGCUGCCCUGUUAAUGUUAUGGCACCAGGGAUGCUAACAUAUUACCACCCUAGCCUGAGGAAGCCCUGUGGCAGGAUCCAUUGGGCAGGCACAGAGACGGCCACCCUGUGGUGUGGGUACAUGAGUGGUGCAGUACAAGCUGGUCAGCGAGCAGCUCUGGAAGCUCUGGCUGAACUCUGCCCCAUGACCCUGACCCAGGAGGAGCAGGAAGUAGUUCAGCAAAGCCAAACUGUCGAGGCUGCCGUCAAGCAAACGCCGGCGUCUAAACUCACGCGCCUGUCCACAGCCAACGCUUUGGUCGUAGCAGCGUUGGCAAUCGGUGGCGUCCUCUUGCUGGCUCGGAAUCAAAAUGCAUUGCUGAAGGUCAAAACACACUUGGUGAAUGCAUUUUCAACAACCACGCAUGAUAUAUUCCUAUUGUAA